CGGAUCCUUGUCCUAUAUCAUGUUUUGCCUGUUUCCCUGAGUGAGAUGUGCCUCGUGCUGUUCCCUGUUGUUUGGAAGUCAUCAUUAAAUUCAUUCAUCUUCAUCUUUCCUGGGUUCCUGCGUCCUCUCCUCUCCUCACCUCAACCACCAUACAAUUCAUGACACACAACAGGAGCAACAUGGCGGCGUCCAGUAACGCGGAGCCCUCUCCGGAGAUAACGACACCAUUAAAGAUACCGAAAACCGAGGUGCCAUCUCCCGAGUCCGAGGACUUGAGCGACAGCAUCCAAUACCACUCCAAUCCUUCGACACCGAACCGCUUCUCGCCUCUGAACGUGGGUUCUGGAACCGCGGGGCGGACGGCGGCCUCAUCCUCCUCUAACAGCUUCACCGCCUGCCGGGGGAUGUCAUGGACGCCGUCCGAGACAAACGCCCUCAUCGCGGUGUGGGGCAACGAGAGGCUCACGGAGGCGCGGAUGCAGCAGCUGGAGGUCGCGGGCACCGUGUUCUCCGGGAAGCCGCCCGGUCCUGCCAUGUACGAGCGAGUUUCCAGAGCGCUGUCGGACCUGGGGUACGAGAGAACCCCGUCCCAGUGCAGGGAGAGGAUGAAGACACUUAGGCGCUGCUACAGCCGAGUGAAGGAGCAUGGGAUCGGGAAGAGAAAGAGCAGCUACACCUUGGAGCAGCUGGAGAAGGUGUUCGGUCAGGGAGGCUGGGACUCUCAGAGCUGUGCCCCGGUGCUGAUCAACAGCAGCGGGUUGUAUCAGGAGAUGGAGUCUGACGGCAGCACGCUGGAGGACUUCUCCCAGGAGGACUGGUGCAACCAGGUGCUGGACUCGGCCUUCCAGGAGGGAGACAUGGACACCGAAGACCUACAGGUGCCUAAAAGCAGAGCUCUACAGAUUCAAGCAGAAUUGUCUGAAUUAACCCAGAAAAGGGAGACGAUGCAGACGGUGAUCCGCAUCCUGGAGUCGGUGCAGCUAAACUGGGAGCAUUUCCAGACGUGGACCGAGUUCUCCCGGCUGCACCUGUCCAACAAGCUGGCCAUCUUUGGCGUGGGCUACAACACGCGCUGGCGCGACGACGUACGCUAUCACUACGCCGAGAUCAGCUCGCAGGUGCCGCUGGGCAAGCGGCUCCGGGAGUACUUCAACCCGGAGAAGCCCGAGGGCCGGGUCAUCAUGACCAAGGUCCAGAAGAUGAACUGGAAGAACGUCUACUACAAGUUCCUGGACAUCACCAUCAGCGAGGCGCGCUGCCUGGAGCUCCACAUGGAGGUGGACUGGAUCCCCGUGUCACGGCCGCCGCUGGCGAGCAGCAAAGGCUUGUCCCACUACCUCCUGCCCGGUUUCGUCCCCAAGACGCACGGCCUGUACGCCAUCGGCUGCGAGGCGCUGCCAGCCUGCGACGCCGCCUGCACGCCGCCUCCUCAGACCAACAAUGAGGAGGAGAACGACAGAAGCUCGCCCCAGCGGGAGGCGGCAAAUGGGUCGGAGCGCGGCGUCAGGACUGGGCCUGCCGUCACUUACUGCUACCUGGGCGUCGCCGAGGACAGGACCAUCCAGCAGUGCCUCUCCCAGCACUUUCAGGGACCCGGGAAGCACUGCGCCUACGGGGAGCCGUCCGGCGUGACCCGCUUCCUGCAGGAGAACGGCGGCGCCAGGACGGAUCAGCACGACAGAGACUCGCCGCAGCGCUGCGCCGUUUACGUGAAAUUCAUCGAGGUGGAGCUGGACUUCCUCUCGGCGGGCUCCCUGGUGGAAUGCUUGGAAACGGCCGUCGGUUACUCCCUAAGGUUCAACAACAAGGAAACGUCGUAACCACCACCCCGACGGUUUUACAGAUGACUCUGCAGCUCUGGUGGUGGCAGCAUCAUGCUGCUCUUCUGGUUAAGCAGCUUAAAAAAAAAAUUAAAGAAAAGGUUAAUUCUUUUUGCCUCUGGCUGUCAUGAAAACAAGCGUUUGACAUGUAAAGUUCAUUUGUCGCUGAGAGAUGUAUUUAUGUACGCGUCACCAGUUAAAAGCUGCCCCACCGUAAUAAGCUCAUGAAGUUAUUCAGAAUACUAAAAUCCUUCAGUUUCGAUGCAGAGUUUCAUCAGAGUUCAAGUGUUCGAGCUGACAGAGUUUCUAAACGAACAACAGUUCCUGCCUCAGUAUGAUCUGCAGCACUGACGACGCUUACUAUUGAAUAUUGUGCACUAGGAUUCUCCAGCUGCUUGUUAGGUUUUACGUGACAUGUCCGAUCAGGGAGAGCAGGGCUGGAGGUGUGUGUGUGUGUGUGUGUGUGUGUGUGCGCGCGCGCGCGUGUGCGGGUAGGGGUUACGCUGCAGUAUGCAUCUGUCUACCUCAGUAGGAUGUAGCAAACCAAGCAGUGAGGGACCACAGCUGGAUGUAUUCAGAAACUGCCUUCACUUGGACUGUUGGUUUGAGUCCACAGAGCAUCUGUGGGUAGAGUCAUGCCUUAUGUUUUGCACAUGUGGCGGGUUUAGCAGCAAGAGAUGCUUCCACACAAACUACAGAACCGUGACUCCGCGGCCGGAUGGCGUGAGCCGACUGUAGGUCCGGACGAUGAAGCAGGAUUCAUUGUUUUUCCAAGACAAUGUCCAGCUCAGAUUAAGACGUUCGAUGUUUACGACGAUAACUGAUAACUUGUUACAGGCCAGGAUUCCAAUAACCAAUCUGUUCCCUGAGAGAGAAUAAAUGAUAAUAUUAAUAAUAAUUUAAAACAAAACAACUUCCUAAUGAAGUGUCUCUGACGGAUCGUUAUGCAGCCUGGCUGCAAACAUCUGAAUCACAAAAUGAUCAGUUCACCCAUUUAACAAAUCACAGCCCCGUUCUUUAUCUGUACACUAGUCAUUCCAUUUCCAUGUGCUAAGCUAUUGUAAAUCAGUGUCGUUAUAAUAAAUUAAGGAGGUAAAUAAUGAUAAAACGGUCACAUGUCACAUUUAAACUCAUUUAAUUAGAUGUUUUGUGUUUCACAAUCGUUCCAUUUAGGAGUCUACUCACUGCAGUUUUCUGGCCGAUCACCGAUCUCUUAAAAAGUUUUACCUUUUCGAUAAGACUUUUUAUUGGUUUUUAGGCCAAAGCCAGUGUUUUUUGUCUGAAAUAUAGCAAGAAGGUGUCUGAGUUGGCAUCAAUGGGGUCACUGUUAACUGUGAACGUGCAGAUAUGAGCUGACCUGAGCAACAGAGGACAGUGGUUGAGUUUUAGACUUUUAGAUAAGAUCAGCUUCACAUAUAGUUAUCAGCCAAUCACAGAUCUCUCAAAAUGAAGGAAAUGGGGGAGGAUCCAUCGGUGCACCCGUAGAUCUACUGGGUGAGUUUUGCAUCCCAAUUUGUACAUUAGACCCCAAAUCAACCAUUAAAAAAUAAUAUAAGUUGUCAAAGGGAGUAUUAAAUAGAGGUGCACCAAGAAAUCUGACGUAUAUUUAGUGACUUCACGCAAAAAAAAUUGCCAGAAUUGGCAGGUCAGGCAUUUUAAAUAUCGGAGAUCGGCCAGAAAAUGCAAUCGAUACACUCCUUAUAUUAAACACAAAAUGACUAAAACAGUGCAGUAGUAGUAAAACUGCGCAUCCACAGCUGCAACUUGCAACUGUGGAUGAAGCUGGUUGAGAUGUUUCCUACAUUCCUAAUAAACCAAUUAAACAUGAGCACUCCACCAGGAAUAAUAUAUAUAUAUAUAUAUUGAAACUAUUUUAUCUAUUUAGAAUAUUAGUAAUCUGAUAGAUUAAAUUGUAAAAUCCUGAGAUUGUAUUGACUCUAUAGUAGAUAAACAUAAUAGUGAUCUCUGGAACCAUAAAAUGGUUAAACUAGUUCAAGUAGUUCAGAUUGAUCUCUUGAAGAAGUGGGCAGAAAUUAAAAGAACAUUUAAAUCCAAAACGAAGCCUGCCUGCCUGCCUGCCCACGUGGAGGCGCUGUUGGGUCAGAACUCGCAUCCAUUAGGGAACAGCUAAAUCCUCUCCUGCAUCAUUUCUUGUUGCUCUGAUGCACAUGAACCUGCUGGGAUUUGUUCACAGCUUAGUUUGCAGCAACUCAGACCCAUAGG